AUGGAGCUUGAUACACAUUCGGACAAAACACCUUUACCUCAUUGGCAUGGCGCCCACCAUGGUCCAUGGCCUCAUUCCGAAUGCCCAUGGAUCUUGGCCAAUAGAAAACUUGAACACAAGUUGAACAGCAACGUCGAGGACGACGACAACAACGUUGCCAUAAAGACAGAACAAUCAGUUACUACGACGACGACGACAACAACAACAACAACAACAGCAGCAACAGCAGCAGCAGCAACUCAUAUGGCAACGAGUAUAGAUUCGCUUGAAGAAGAAUUAGCAUCAUUAUCUAUCUAUCAUAAGCAUCCUCGAUAUCCUUAUGAUGCACGGCAUGCAAAGAGCCGCAGUCCUAUUCGUAAAACCUUUCCCAAGUCAGCUGUCAGAUCGGUGGGGAACAUCUCAAUGGAUCUUCUUCACGAACAGUUGAAAGCAUUGACUUUGGAAGGUCUUGUGGUUUUGAAAGAAUUUACAGUAGCUUCUUGUUCAGAGUGGAAGGAUGACAGUGAUGCUACGACUGCUGCUAUGAGGACGACUACGACUGGUUCAGCGGUGAAUACCCAUGAUGAUGAAAUGCAAAGGAAUGACUAUUAUUAA